UUUCCGAGCGGCCCGUGAACGCAUCCUGAGCGCAGAGCGGCUGUCAGAUGAUGAGGAGAUUAUCCUCCUUCACUCAGACUCAGUGUUCACACGGAUCCAGACGGGCUGCAGGUGCUUUGGGACACAACAUGGGAAACGCCGACACCAAGCUUCACUUCAGGAAAGCGGUGAUUCAGCUCACAACUAAAACUCAGCCCGUAGAAGCCACAGACGACGCCUUCUGGGAUCAGUUCUGGGCCGACACCUCCACAACCGUCCAGGAUGUCUUCGCUCUGGUGCCGGCGGCCGAGAUCAGAGCCGUCAGAGAGGAGUCUCCGUCCAACCUGGCAACCCUCUGCUACAAGGCGGUGGAGAGGUUGGUCCAGGGUGCAGACUCCGGCUGCCCCUCAGAGAAAGAGCGUCAGAUCAUCCUGAACUGCACCCGCCUGCUCACCCGCAUCCUGCCCUACAUCUUUGAGGACGCCGACUGGAGAGGCUUCUUCUGGUCCACCGUGCCAGGAGCCGGCAGAGCAGGGCGUUUGGACGAAGAUGGCGAUGAGGAUGAAGCACGGCCGCUGGCUGAGUCGCUGCUGCUCGCCAUCGCCGACCUCCUGUUCUGUCCAGAUUUCACCGCUCAGAGCCACAAGAAGAGCAGCACGGACACAGCCGAGGACAUCCGAUCCAUAGACAGCUGUGAGUACAUCUGGGAGGCUGGUGUCGGCUUCGCUCAGUCUCCUCCUCCAAACUACGUCCACGACAUCAACAGGACGGAGCUGCUGAAGUUGCUCCUCACCUGUUUCUCUGAGGCCAUGUACCUUCCUCCGUCCUCUGACAGCGGUUAUCUCAACCCCUGGGUGUCCUUCUUCUGCUCCACAGAAAACAGACACGCCCUGCCUCUGUUCACCUCCCUGCUCAACGUGGUGUGUGCCUACGACCCCGUGGGCUACGGCAUCCCGUACAACCACCUGCUGUUCUCAGACCACCGGGAGCAGCUGGUGGAGCAGGCGCUACAGAUCCUUAUCGUCACCCUGGAGCAUGAGGCCGGGUCGGCCGCCAGCGCCGCCCUCCAGGCCCUGGACACCUCCACAUCGUCCUCAGCUGCAGAGGAGCAGGAGCCAGCUGCACCUGAUAACCUGUUUGUGAAUUAUCUCUCCAGGAUACACAGAGAGGAGGACUUGAGCUUCAUCCUGAAAGGUCUGGCGCGGCUGAUGAACAAUCCUCUGAUCCAGACUUACCUGCCUCGUUCCACCAAGAAGAUCCAGUUCCACCAGGAGCUGCUGAUCCUCUUCUGGAAGUUCUGCGACUUCAACAAGAAAUUCCUGUUCUUCGUGCUGAAGAGCAGCGACGUGUUGGACAUGCUGGUUCCCAUCCUCUUCAGCCUGAACGAUGCCAGAGCAGAUCAGUCUCGUGUUGGUCUCAUGCACAUUGGCGUGUUCAUCCUCCUGCUGCUGAGCGGAGAGAGGAACUUUGGCGUUCGUCUGAACAAGCCGUACACUCUGCGUGUCCCCAUGGACAUUCCUGUGUUCACGGGGACACACGCUGACCUGCUGAUCGUGAUCUUCCACAAGAUCAUCACCAGCGGACACCAGCGCCUGCAGCCUCUGUUUGACUGCCUGCUCACAAUCAUAGUGAACAUCUCUCCUUAUCUGAAGAGCCUGUCCAUGGUGGCGGCCAACAAGCUGCUCCACCUGCUGGAGGCCUUCUCCACCCCCUGGUUCCUCUUCUCCGCCCCCCAGAACCACCACCUGGUCUUCUUCCUGCUGGAGGUUUUCAACAACAUCAUCCAGUAUCAGUUUGAUGGGAACUGCAACCUCGUGUACGCCAUCAUCCGAAAGCGGAACGUGUUCCACCAGUUGGCCAACCUGCCGUCGGACACCGCGUCCAUUCAGAGGGCGCUGCAGAAGAAAAAGAAGUCUGGGAUAUCCAGGACCAACUCUGCAGAGACGGAGUCCAUGGAGGGCUCCAGACCAGCUGCAUCUGCAGAGCCCGGCACUCUGAAAGCCAGUUUGGAGGCCACUCCAGGAAUCGAUAAGAUAACAGAGAAGUCCCAGGUGAGCGUGGACGGUACGAUGGUCGCUGUGCCACAUUCAGACUCUCAACAGACGACGGCUGACAGCAGCGCAGCAGCUGGAGCCAGCGACACAGAGUCCAACUCAGAGAGAGACCCCGAGGUCUAUCACACAGAGUCAGAGGCAGCGAGGAGUCGGUUGUCAAGUGUGUCAUCAGCAGCAGCAGCCUGGAGCGCCAACACAGACUGGGUGUUGGCGUGGAAGGCGAAGCUUCCUCUACAAACCAUCAUGCGGCUGUUACAGGUCCUGGUCCCUCAGGUGGAGAAGAUCUGUAUCGACAAGGGUUUGACAGACGAGUCAGAAAUCCUUAAGUUCCUUCAACACGGCACGCUGGUCGGCCUCCUGCCCGUCCCUCAUCCCAUCCUCAUCAGGAAGUACCAAGCCAACGCCGGCACCGCCAUGUGGUUCCGCACCUACAUGUGGGGCGUGAUCUACCUACGCAACGUGGAUCCUCCAAUCUGGUACGACACGGACAUACGGCUCUUUGAGAUCCAGAGGAUUUAGAGCAGCUGCCGAAGGUUCUCUUCACACACUCGCCACCAACGAGAUCUCGCAGCUGUCCUGAGAUCAGAGGAACGAUUCUCUGGUGUUAUUUAAAGAAAACAAGCAGUGAUGAUGUCGUGCUUCGUUCUU